CGUCUAUUUGGGAUUGAACAGAAAUCAUGGCGGCUAGACGGCGGUACAUAUGCGUUUUUGUUACCGAGUACUGAAGUAUGCUGCGAUGUGUUAGCCAGGCGACCCAGAUAACGAGAAUCCUAACUGUUUUAACACAUAUUUCAUGUUUUCACAAACUGUGCAUAGCUUCAAACCUGAGAAUGAGUGACACAGCAGUGAAGAGGGUGGUGAGCGACAUCAUUCGCUCUCCAGAAGACAAGCGGGAGUACAGAGGACUGGAGUUCACCAACGGCCUCAAAGCAAUCCUGAUCAGUGAUCCCACUACAGACAAGUCAUCAGCAGCACUCGAUGUCCACAUAGGCUCGUUGUCAGAUCCUCCGAACAUUGCUGGGCUGGCUCAUUUUUGUGAGCACAUGCUGUUUUUGGGCACGAAAAAAUAUCCCAAAGAGAACGAGUACAGUCAGUUCCUGAGCGAGCAUGCAGGGAGCUCCAACGCGUUCACUAGCGGCGAGCACACCAACUACUACUUUGACGUAUCCCACGAGCAUCUGCAAGGAGCGCUGGAUAGGUUUGCCCAAUUCUUUCUGUGUCCUCUGUUUGACGAGAGCUGUAAGGACCGUGAAGUGAACGCUGUGGACUCCGAGCACGAGAAGAACCUGAUGAACGAUGCAUGGAGAUUAUUUCAGCUGGAGAAGGCUACUGGGAACCCUGAUCAUCCUUUUAGUAAAUUUGGAACAGGUAAUAAGCUCACCUUGGAAACACGGCCAUCCCAAAAAGGCAUCGACAUCCGUCAGGAGCUGCUGAAAUUCCACUCCACGUUUUAUUCUUCCAACCUGAUGGGACUUUGUGUUCUUGGAAGAGAAUCUCUGAGUGAAUUGACAUCUAUGGUGGUUAAACUCUUUGGAGAAGUGGAGAACAAAUCUGUGCCUGUCCCAGAAUUUCCGCAGCAUCCCUUCCAGGAAGAGCAUCUUAGGCAAUUUUACAAGGUCGUGCCCAUUAAGGACAUCCGGAACCUGUAUGUGACCUUCCCUAUCCCUGACCUACAGAAGUACUACAAAUCGAACCCUGGCCAUUAUCUGGGCCACUUGAUAGGGCAUGAGGGUCCAGGGAGCCUGCUGUCUGAGCUGAAAGCUAAAGGUUGGGUAAAUACUUUAGUUGGAGGCCAGAAAGAAGGAGCCCGAGGGUUCAUGUUCUUCAUCAUUAAUGUGGAUUUAACAGAAGAAGGAUUAUUGCACGUAGAGGACAUCAUCUUUCACAUGUUCCAGUACAUUCAGAAGCUGCGCACAGAGGGCCCUCAGGAGUGGGUUUUCCAGGAAUGUAAGGAUUUGAACACUGUGGCUUUCAGAUUUAAGGAUAAAGAACGCCCACGUGGAUACACAUCUAAAGUAGCUGGACUUUUGCACUAUUAUCCUUUGGAGGAGGUACUUGCCGCAGAGUACAUGUUGGAGGACUUCAGACCAGACCUUAUUGAGAUGGUUCUGGAUAAGCUGAGACCAGAGAAUGUCAGGGUCGCUGUCGUCUCCAAGUCGUUUGAAGGACAGACUGAUAAGACCGAAGAGUGGUACGGAACCCAGUACAAGCAGGAAUCUAUAUCUGAUGAGGUCAUUAAGAACUGGCAAAAUGCUGACCUCAACGGCAAGUUCAAACUGCCAAUGAAGAAUGAGUUCAUCCCCACGAACUUUGAAAUUUACCCUCUUGAAAAGGACUCUCCAUCCUAUCCCAUUUUGAUCAAGGAUACUGCGAUGAGUAAAGUGUGGUUCAAGCAGGAUGAUAAAUUCUUCUUGCCCAAGGCCUGUCUAAACUUUGAAUUCUUUAGUCGCUACCUAAGCACAGAUCCCCUGCACCGCAACAUGACGUACCUGUUUCUCAGGUUGUUGAAGGAUGAUUUAAAAGAGUAUACAUGUGCAGCCAGCCUGGCAGGGCUGAGCUAUGGCAUAGCCUCAGGAAUGAAUGCCAUCCUUCUGUCGGUAAAGGGUUACAAUGACAAGCAGCACAUCCUGCUGAAGAAGAUCAUUGAGAAAAUGGCCACGUUUGAGAUUGAUGAGAAACGCUUCGACAUCAUCAAGGAGGCGUAUAUGAGGUCUCUAAAUAAUUUCCGGGCAGAACAGCCUCACCAGCAUGCCAUGUAUUACCUGAGGCUGCUCAUGACUGAGGUGGCUUGGACCAAAGAUGAGCUCAAAGAAGCACUGGAUGAUGUCACUCUGCCCCGCCUCAAGGCCUUCAUACCUCAGCUGUUGUCACGGUUACACAUUGAAGCCCUGCUGCAUGGCAACAUCACCAAACAGUCUGCACUCAGUAUGAUGCAGAUGCUGGAGGACACACUGAUUGAGCAUGCUCACACCAAGCCCCUCCUCCCGAGCCAGCUAAUUCGCUACAGGGAGGUGCAGGUGCCAGAUGGUGGCUGGUAUGUGUACCAGCAGAGGAAUGAUGUCUAUAAUAACUGUGGUAUAGAGAUUUACUACCAGACGGACAUGCAAACAACACAUGACAACAUGCUGUUGGAGCUCUUCUGUCAGAUCAUCCACGAGCCCUGCUUCAAUACCCUACGCACCAAAGAACAGCUGGGCUACAUUGUGUUCAGCGGUCCACGUAGGGCUAAUGGCGUGCAGGGACUUCGUUUCAUUAUCCAGUCUGAGAAAGCCCCUCACUACCUCGAGUCACGGGUGGAGGCCUUUCUCAAGACCAUGGAGAAGAAUGUGGAGGAGAUGAACGAUGAAGCUUUCCACAAACACAUCCAGGCCCUGGCCAUCCGCCGCCUUGACAAGCCCAAGAAGCUGGCAGCAGAAUGCGCCAAGUACUGGGGGGAGAUCAUAUCCCAGCAGUACAAUUUUGACAGGGAUAAUAUUGAAGUCGCCUAUCUGAAGACAUUAACGAAGGACAACAUUAUGCAGUUCUACAAAGAUCUGUUGUCUGUUGAUGCUCGGAAGAGGCACAAAGUGUCUGUGCACGUACUGUCUCGGGAGAUGGACUCCUGCCCAGUGGUGGGCGAGUUCCCAGCUCAGAAUGAUGUCAAUCUCGCUCCUGCUCCUUCUCUGCCUCAGCCAGUGGUGGUCCAGGACAUGACUGAGUUUAAGAGGAGUCUGCCUCUCUUCCCUCUCGCUAAACCUCACAUCAACUUCAUGGCUGCCAAACUGUGAUCCACACCAUUUACAGCGCAUUGCCGGGUUUGACCGAGGCGCACAGCACCCCUGAGUUUAGAGCCAAUAACACCAUCUUCUGACCGUGUGUAAAGUAAGAAUGACUUGGCAGAGGCGUAGCAGUGAUGAGUCACCAUGUUGGCUACACUGCGCACUCUCAGCCCAGUCACUGAGGAGCCGUUUAAAAU